UGCAUGAAGUGUGGAGCAGGAGGUUUAGGCCAGUGUGUGGGUCCAUCCAUCUGCUGCAGUCCUCACUUUGGGUGCCACAUCGGGACCUCAGAGACCGAAGUCUGCCAGCAAGAGAAUGACAGUCUGCAGCCUUGUUUUGUCAAAGGCGAUGUCUGCGGCGCUCGGGAUUCUGGCAACUGUGUGGCCAACGGAGUCUGUUGUGAUGAAGACUCAUGUGCUGUGAACGAACGAUGCCGGCAGAGUGAAGUAACCACCCUGAAUACGACAAAGAAGUCUAGCCGAUCUGAUAUUCUGAAGCUCAUCGGCCAGUUGCUGGAAGAGCGGAACUAUGAUUAG